ACAUAGAGAGUUAAUCUCUUGAACAAUCAAGUCCAGGAUGGCCAUAGCCCUGGAAUGUGAGGAGCAAAAUGGACUUCUGAUAGGGAAAGUAGAGGACCGUUACUUGGGACAGGACUCCAUCUCAGGUAAUAGCAGUCCUCACAGGAGGGAACUCUUCAGACAGCGCUUCAGGAAACUCUGCUAUCAGGAUUCACCUGGUCCCCGUGAAGCUCUUACUCAGCUCUGGGAGCUUUGCCGCCAGUGGCUGAGACCUGAGUGUCACACCAAGGAGCAGAUUUUAGACCUGCUGGUGCUGGAGCAGUUCCUGAGAAUUCUCCCUAAGGACCUGCAAGCAUGGGUGCAGGCGCACCAUCCAGAGACUGGAGAGGAGGCGGUGACUGUGCUGGAGGAUCUGGAGAGAGAGCUUGAUGAACCUGAAAAGCAGGUUCCAGCCAAUUCAGAAAGACAGGACAUACUCUUGGACCAAUUGGCCCCCUUUGGAAGGUCACAUGAAUCACUGACUAUCCAGCUGCACCCCAAGAAGACCCAGCUGGAGCAGGAAUCUCGGGAGCCCCAGAGGAAUGGUGAUAAAACCAGGACUGAAAAUGAAGAGUUGACUCAGCAGGAGGAUAUGCCCAAAGACAUGGAGUCUCUUGGGGAGAUAAACAAAAGAUUUAACAAAGACGUUCCUCAGCAUCCUGAAUCCAAGGAUGCUACUGAAAGUGAGAGCAGAUUAAAGUGGCAACAGAGGGGAAGAAGACGAUAUAAAUGUGAUGAAUGUGGAAAAAGUUUCAGUCAUAGCUCAGACCUGAGUAAACACAGAAGAACUCACACUGGAGAAAAACCCUAUAAAUGUGAUGUGUGUGGAAAAGCCUUCAUUCAACGCUCACAUCUCAUUGGACAUCAUCGAGUACACACUGGAAUAAAACCCUAUAAAUGCAAAGAGUGUGGGAAAGACUUCAGUGGUCGCACAGGUCUUAUCCAACAUCAGAGAAUACACACAGGUGAAAAACCCUAUGAGUGUGAUGAGUGUGGAAGGCCUUUCCGUGUAAGUUCAGCCCUUAUUCGACAUCAGAGAAUUCACACCGCAAACAAACUCUAUUAAUAUACUGAAAGUAAAAAGAUUCCUUUAGAUACUCAGGACUAAUUAUUUAUCAGAAGACUACCUUAGAGACUUUGAGUAUUCGGAAUUUGGGCUACGUUUCUGUUAUUAUUAAAAACUUCUCUGGUACCAGAGAA